UAGGUGAAAUCCACUUUUCUGAACACUUGAGUGCCUGAUUGUUUCUGCGUGCAGCAACGUUAUUUUGUUGCAUUGGCAAUAGAACGACAAGUUGCCUUGACUGGCAUGUGCUCUACAAACUUCCUAUUGGAGUCUUUGUGCUGCUGUCAGUGAGGCCUGUGUGUGGAAGGAGGGGAUGAGGCAGUUUUGUCAGUGAGUCACUGAACAUUGCAUGAUAAAAAGAAAGAAUUCUUUCAAAAGAAGGAGAAUACCACACCUCUCUAGAGUUCUCUGCUGUCUCUGGUCAGUUCUUCACCACCAUGGCAUUCUCUGGGACGUAUGAGCUUGAAAGUCAAGAGAAUUACGAUGAGUUUCUGGAGGCAAUUGGGUUUGCCAAUGCCAAGACUGACUUUAAAGUGAUAACAGAAGUGCUUCAGGAGGGGGACGAUUUUACCUGGUCACAGAUUAUUCCCAACUGGACCUUGACUAACAAGUUCACCAUCGGAAAGGAGUGUGAGCUAGAGAGCAUGCUACGCACCAAGUUCGUGACCACCGUCACCAUGGAAGGAGGCAAGAUAAUUAUUCCGUUCCCCCAGUAUCAUUUCACUGCGGAGAUCAGUGGGGACAAGCUGAUCAUGCUCUGUACAACCGCUGGGGAGAAGGGUGUGACCCUGAAGAGAAUCAACAAGAGGAUCUGAUAUCAAAAAUGUAACGUGUUGAGGCAGAGCUCUUCUGUGUGUGCUGUUACUGGAAACUUUGUCCCCACUACUUCGUAAACUACCCGUAUGUUACUGUUGCACCUCCACAAACAUCUAGAUGACUCAUACCAGCUGGAUCACCCUUCCAGUACAUUUCCAGCAACGGUCCCCUGUCCAUCUUUAAUAUAAAAAGAGAUAUACCAAACAAUCUAUGCAACUUCCUGGUAUUCAAUGUUUGAAGUGUGUCAAUGGAAUCCAUGAACUACCUUCAUGUGAAUAAAGUAAUGUCUUAUUUCUUUGUACCAGCUGAUCAUGUAAAAUAAAAGUAAAAUUAACACGCAAGAGAACACCAGACUCAUUGCCAAGGCAGCUUUCUUUGUUAUAGACUCAUCCUGAGCUUUGCUGUUGCAGUAGAGUAGCAGUUGCAGUCUGCCUCCACCUACUGCUUAUUAGGAAACAGUGCAGAUGUGUUUCUAGCUCAAUAAGGCUUAGUGAAGAGACAGGCAGCUUUGGGCCCUCUUGGGGUUUCUCUUCAAUGUAUGUGGAGCUGUUCACUCGUGGAGAUCUGGGGGGCCAGACAGAAGGCCGAUCUACACCAUCUCAUUACAUUUGGGGAAUCAUAACAUAACUCACUGCUUUCCUCAACCAUGUUCUUGGAUAACCCGUGUAAACGAUAGAGGUUAUAUCAUCAUAUAGGUCUAUUUUCUAUAUCUGGUUUAGAUUUUGUUGAAGGAUUUUUAUCAAUAAUGACUAAAUAAUGUAUACAUUCAACGUGGAAUUAUAACUAAUGUUAAUUAACAGAACUCUAUGCUGUCUGAAGAAUAAAAUGUUUAUACAUAUACCAAGAGGGAGUGUUAACCGACAACUUGUGACCACAGUGAAACUAACAACAGGAGAAAUGUCUGGUCCCCAUCCAGGGAGGGGAAAAAUACGAUACACAAUAGAUUGUGUAACAUGUGGUAACAUAAGAUAAACAAUAUGUGUGUGUUGGAAUUGCAUUGAAAAGUAGGUAAGUCAUUGUCCAAGAGGAAGAAAGACAAUGUCCAAGAAGAGGAGUGACAUAUUAAAAGCUAUGACACUGUAUGUGAUAUAUAAGCCAAUGUACAUGUGAUUAUGGCAGAGCUCUCGGAAAUAAACACGACUGAUUACUUUUAA